AUGAUUUUCACCAAGACCAUCGCACUUGUUGCUGCCCUCGGCGCCGUUGUGUCUGCCAUCCCGGCCUCGCACCUGGGCCGUCGCCAUCCCCAUGCCCACAGCCAUAGCUUCCUCCAACGCCGUGACAACAUCACCUCGGACGGAGUUGCAAUCACCAACAACAUGGACCAGACCGUCUACCUCUGGUCUGUCGCCGACAGCUCCAGUGACAUGUACACCUUGAACUCUGGCGACACCUACUCUGAGAACUGGCGCACCAACCCCAACGGUGGUGGUAUCUCCAUCAAGAUGGCCUUCACCGAGCAGGCCACCGAUGUCCUCCAGUACGAGUACACUCUCGAGGACCCAACCAUCUGGUGGGAUUUGUCUUGCAUCGACAUGGGCACCAACUCCGAGUUCACCACCGUCGGCUUUGCUGUCAGCUCCGACGACACAACCUGCCAGUCUGCCUCUUGCGCUGCUGGUGAUGCCCAGUGUGCCGACGCCUACCUGGUGCCCACUGACAACUGGGCCACUCACUCGUGCAACAGCGCCAUUCUCAUGACUCUUAACCUCGGCCCUGGCGCCAACUCGACCACUCCUGCUUAA